AUGAGUUUCGCUGAACUUGCUAAAGUUGGUGGCGUCUUGGGCGGCCUUGGCUUCGUCACAACACUCGCUGCAUCCCUUCUUACAUGCUUCUCCAUUGCCUCAAGAGUUUGCUCUAUCGUUGUUGGUGGUAUCCUUGUAGGAGCUGGUGUCUUCUACGGAUUCCUUGGAUGGAAGACAGAUGCUGAAAAUCACGCACGCUCUAUGAAAUUCUUCGCUGCUGUUGCUUCUCUUGUCACAGGUAUUCUUUAUAUCUUCCUCCCAAGUUCAUUCCACACAGGCUCUUAUCUUAACCGUAUGGUUGUUUACAUUCUUCCACUUGUCUCAAUCUCUGUUGAUCUCGCUUUACAGUGGCCAUUCAUCACAUCUUUCAUCAUCCAAGGCAUCAUCGAUACAGCUCACCUCGGCGCUGGCAAGGAGCACGUUCUCUACUCUGUUUUCAACAUCUUCACAGCAUUUAUUGCUGCUACAUUGAUCCCAAUCUCAAAUGCAGGCACAAAUUCACAGAUUUGCUCCAGUGGAAUUGUCUACUCAAUUGCCGCUUGGUUCAUCGCUUGCAUCGUCUUCUUCCUUGUUGGUUUCAAAUUAACCAGAACAAAGGGAGAAGCUCUUAACUCCACAACUUCUUACAACAAGGUCGGACAGUAA